UUGUAACUAUACCACCAAUUGAAAUCCCAAAUGAAAUUUCUCAUAGCCAUGAUUUGACCAAAAAGAAAAAAAGAAAAUCUUGCAAAAUGGGUGUUGUUGCAUCUCCAUUUUCAUCAUCAAUCCUACUCGCAAACUCAAUUUCAACACAAAACACUAAAGUUAAAGCCAAAAGAUGUUCAACUGCAACAAUUCAAUUAUCAGCCUUAUCCACAUUUACUUGCAUUCAUUCAUUUACACCCACAUUUCAUAAAGUCAAGAGAUCUCUUCUUUCAACUAAUUUCUCUCCCAAAGCUUCUUCUGUUGGAAGUGUAGAAGAAUACACCGUUGAGCCUACGACUGAUGUGAAGUUUCAGAAAUCAUUAACUCUUCCCGGAUGCUCUAAUUCACUGUCAUUGCUUGGUUCAGGCUACAGGGAGAAGAAAAUCGCGAUAAUUGGGGUCAAAGUAUAUGCUGCGGGUUUCUAUGCGAAUGAAUCUAUUAAAGAAACUUUGAAUGCUUGGAAAGGACGAUCGGCUACUGAUAUUCAAAGAGAUUCGUCUUUGUAUGACUCUAUUUUUCAAGCUCCCCUGGAGAAAUCACUGCAGAUAGUUCUAGUGAGAGAUGUCGAUGGUAAGACAUUCUGGGAUGCCUUAGAUGAAGCCAUCUCACCCAGAAUUAAAGUACCCAAGCCUGUUGAUGAAUCUGCACUAUCUACAUUCCGUAGCACCUUUGAGGGGCGUCCUCUCAAGAAAGGCACUCUCAUAUUCUUAACUUGGUUAGAUCCAACAAAGAUGAUUGUUUCCAUAUCAUCUGAUGGUCUUCCAUCAGCUGUGGAUGCUACAAUCGAUUCGACAAAUGUAACUUCAGCCCUUUUUGAUGUAUUUUUUGGGAAUUCCCCAGUUUCGCCGACCCUUAAAACAUCAGUUUCCAAUGGGUUGGCUAUCCUACUCAACUAAAUUAAAUUCUUUGCAACAGCGUGUAAUAGAUUCAGUCUUCUAAUUUGUAUGUGGAUUUUUGUUUUUCAGUUUCAUCACUUCGAUUACAAUUACUAACUAUUUGAAAUCAAGAUAUUUGUUAAAGCUA